AUGGUGAACAAGUGUGCUGCCUAUGGUUGCAAAAGAGGAUACAAAUCAAAUGCUGCGAUAGAUGCUGAAAACAAAGUGUCUUUUCAUUCCUACCCAGUCAAUGAUUCUGAACUUUGUGCAAAGUGGAAUAAGGCAAAUCCACGAAGGGAUUUUAUUCCAAGCAGACAUUCAAAGAUGUGCUCUUUGCAUUUUCGACCUUCGGAUUUUGUUGAUAAAUAUUCUGAUACAAAUUCAACAAGAUAUAAAAACAAAACAAGCAAUAGUGAGUCCAGAAUCAAGCGAGAAUUAAAGCCUGGAACAAUUCCAACAAUAUUUAAUGUACCAUCAUACGCAUCAACAAUCGAGCAUCUAACGAGACCUGCAACAAAUUCAUCUGCUGCGUGUCGUCGAGAAGGUGAAAUAAAAAGAAUGAAUGAACUUGAAAAUGAAUUCAACAAAAGUGAUCAGAUAAUAAAUUUGAGUUUAGAAGAAAUUCUAGAUCGUUUAAAAAAGGAAACAUCUGCUCCAAGUGGAUACCAAUGUCAAAUCUUCGAAAACAGUCAACGCGCAAAUAUCACCUUGGUUUCCAGUAGUACUAUCGAGAAUUCCAUGGUUGAAGUCUACGGAAAGUUGAUAAAGAUGAAAUUAACGUCAGUAGAUCAAAGCGGCGAAGACAUUCUGCCACAAACACUCACAACAGCUCAGCAUGUGCAACAACCCCACUACAACAAUCGUCGAAAAAAAGGACUGCACCACCACCAAGGCAGUGGGUUAAAUGUGAUUUGA